GAUAUCCAUGGUGUUUAGGGUUUCUCUCUCGAUCUUCUUCUUCUCCGAAGCAAUUGGGUAUUUCGCAAACAAGUCCACGAUAUGCGUCUUUUGUUUCUUUCCGGUUUAAACCGGGUCCAUAUAAUAAUAUGUUCCUACACCGACAUAUUGAAUAGUCAAUGGGUCAAGUAGACCGGCCGGUCGAGAGUACACUUCAAAGACUGCCUAGGGUUUUAAUUUGCCCAUAGCACACAGAAAGAGAAGAGAGAUGACGACGAUUCGAAGAUUUUGCUGCAACGAUCUUCUUCGAUUCGCAUCUGUGAAUCUUGAUCAUCUCACUGAAACUUUCAACAUGUCGUUCUACAUGACCUAUCUCGCAAGAUGGCCAGACUAUUUCCAUGUCGCUGAAGCUCCUGGAAAUCGAAUAAUGGGAUACAUUAUGGGAAAAGUUGAAGGGCAAGGUGAGUCUUGGCAUGGCCAUGUAACUGCAGUUACUGUUGCUCCUGAAUAUCGCAGGCAGCAAUUGGCCAAGAAGCUAAUGAACCUGCUCGAAGAAAUAAGUGACAAGAUUGAUAAGGCUUACUUUGUGGACCUCUUUGUGAGAGCAUCAAACACUCCAGCCAUAAAGAUGUAUGAAAAGCUUGGUUAUAUAAUCUAUAGACGGGUACUGCGGUAUUACUCUGGGGAGGAAGACGGUUUAGAUAUGAGGAAAGCAUUGUCUCGGGAUGUUGAGAAGAAAUCAGUUAUCCCCCUCAAAAGACCUGUCACUCCAGAUGAAUUGGAGUAUGAUUAAAUCUGUUGUCUUUGAGCAUUUUUGCCCAAAGAGUUUGAUGGAACCAUUGAGUGUUUGGUGCUUUCAGAGAUGAGAGGUCAGGCAUCAUGAGCUGAUUGUAGGUUUUUGACGUAUGGAAAUGUGUAUGUUAGUUGUUCAUCACAACCGAAUAGUUUGGGGGUUAAUAUGUUGUUUUUGAACGUUUUGGUUGUCACUAGACGUUGAAUGGGCAUAUGUUGCUUGAUCUAGCCUUUUAUUUGUCAACAUUUCUAAUUGUUAAUGUGGACAGAGUUGGUGUUUUCACUGAGGUUGUUGCA